AUGGCGGAGAGCACCCGGGAUACUCCUGAUACCCCAGAGCAUGGGCUCAAGCUGCAUGGACGACUCGAUCAGUCCGAGCACUUUUGGCGGGACCAUUACCAGUGGCUGUUCGAGCAGGGCUACGAGCUGCGUUCCAGAUAUCGCCCCAGUUGGAAACCCUCUUGGAAAGGCACGAAGAAACCCUGGGACGAAUGUACAGACGGCUUGUAUCCUCUCCAUAACAGUGCUAUAGAUGCACAGCGCCGAUCAGAUGGCGAGCUAUUAAUGCUCAAACGAACCAAGAAGUCGCUCUUUCCCCAUGAAACGGAGAUUGGCCUGUUCUUCUCAACGGAGCCAAUUUCCGGGGACCCUCGCAAUCACUGUAUCCCGAUCUAUGAAAUCCUGCAGGUCCCGGACGACGACGAAAUUCAAAUUGUUGUAAUGCCUAUGCUACGAGUUCAUGAUGAUCCUAGGUUCGAUACAAUAGGGGAGGCUGUUGAGUUCUUCAGACAGAUGUUCGAAGGCCUGCAAUUCAUGCAUUCCCAUAAUGUUGCCCAUCGGGACGUGACCUUCUUCAACGUCAUGAUGGACGCAAGGGAACUCUACAUCGACAGAUACCAUCCUUGCCGGCCAUGGCGUAAACUGGACUUGAGUGCCAACGCCAGGCAUUACACAAGGACGCAGAAACCAGUGAAAUACUACCUCACUGAUUUUGGCCUGUCUCGGAAAUACAAAGCAGAAGAACGCCCUCCGCAGGAACCCAUAAUUCGAGGGGCCGAUAAAUCUGCUCCAGAAUACAAAACUACGGAUGCAUGCGAUCCAUUCCCAACUGACGUCUACCUAUUGGGAAAUUUAAUCAGGGAGAACUUCACAGAAGUACAACUUUCGCCUUCCGAGACCAAACGGCUAGGCUUCCAGUUCAUGAAACCGUUAGUCGCUGAUAUGACCCACGAUGACCCUUCAAAACGUCCCACCAUGGACGAAGUCGUUGAACGCUUCGAGACCAUUCGAAAGGGUCUUAGUUCAUCAAAACUUCGUGCUCGAGUAGUAAAAGCAAAGGAUUCUCCCAUUGCAGGAUUCUUCCGCGCUCUCAGUUAUUGGCAUCGGCGCGUUGACUUCACUGUCCACGGCACCCCUUCAAUACCAACCCCUGCGAAGCCCUGCUCCGUCUUGUAG